AGAAAGAAGGACAAGACAGUAACGAGUGUCUGUACCUGUAGCUGCAAAAGAGAAAGAGAAUCGAGCGAUACAGAGGAAUAUAAGCCAGGCCAGAGGAGGAGCAGGAGACGGGAGGGUCCUUAUAAAGAGUUCAUCAUGAGACACCGGCGGCAACAACAAAGGCAAUGGGUUGCCUCUCAAAGCAAGUGGGCGACAAAAAGAAUGUCGCAUCGAGUGCAGGUAAGACAAAGUGAGAGCGCCAUUGUCGCAGGUUCCAGCCCUUUGCAGGGCCAGGCAGGCUGGUUCGACUGGUUCGUUGCAGAAACGCUGGCGGCGCGAAGCCAUCGCCAAUCAGUGGCCGUUUCAGGGUGGCCGCCGGCCCUGCAGAAGCGUCUCGCCAGGGCUAUUAAUAUAUUGGGCCGACAUGAUAGGCAGCGGAGGGGUGUGGAGAGUCAGGGUAUCUCUGAGCGGUUCGGGGUCGUCAAACUGGAGAUUGUUCCUGCAGGGAAGAAGAAGAGUGGUCCACGGGGGAGGGAGGGUGGUGAGUGCCAAGUCGUCGAGCCUGACGAGUCGAGAGAGCAGGGAAGGAAGGUGCUUAACCGCCGACCCUGGAGCUCCCGGGCGCGUCCUCACUCGUCAGCCCAGCUUGCUUUGCAGAUGAUCGACUACGUGUCCAAGAAUAGGAAUAAUAUGGUUACUUGAUCUUGAUUUCAAAUAUGGUGAACCAAUUAUGUAGCUGGUUUUGCUGAAUAUCCACAAAGAUACAAACAAGUCCGUCUCUGCACCAGGAGAAUUGAGGUAUGAGGUAUAUCCCGAAAGCCACUCCGACUCCAGGUAUUGUAAAACAACGACAGAAAAAAAAAAAAAAAAAAAAAAGAGAGAGAGAAUGGAGAAACAAAAAAGGAAAUUCAUAGUCAUCGUCAUCAAACUCAAACUUUUGGUCAUGGAUUAGAUUCCUCCGCGAAUCCCUCACGACCCUGGUCCAUGUGCGGUUCGAAACCCCUCUCCGAGGGCUGGCUUGGCUGAUACAACAGCCGAAACACUCUAUGUAUCUCAUA